AAGACCGCAACUCCAAAGACCCGCAUACAAUGCCUGAAUCAGAUACAUUUGAACAAACAACAAUGACCCCCGCUGCUAUGAUACCUGGAAGCACCGCUACUUCGACCGAAAGUGCUCUGUUGGGCCAAAUUCUUGAGACAAUUAGGUCACUCAAAUUGGACCAGGAUAAGCUUGCUCAGAAGUUCGACCUCACCACCUCCUCAACCCUCGCAACCAUUGACUCUCUCAAAUCCCAAGUUGCAGCCAUAUCUGGCUCCUCAAGCAGUCGUCGCGGCUCAGUGGAGUCAAUUGCCUCCGUCCUCAACGGCACGCCGCCAAACCCCGGCCUUCCCGCUGGUGUCCCUUUGUCUCCCACGGUGACCCCUAUGCCGAUGAACAACGGUGCCAUGAGCACGAGGGCUAUUUUCACCGGGGAAAGGAAGGUUACGGAUGUGAAAGAGAGAAUCGAAGAUGGUUGGGGGAAGAGAGUGGUUUUGACUACGUACCCUGGCCAGUCAGGAGUUGAUCCUGUUCCGUUGAAGUGGGGUGCUGAGGACCCGAGAGCUAGAGGGCCAAUUAUCGUGGCUCGCCAGCCUUCUACCAUCCGUAAGAGGAAUGCGAUCGGUGCGCAUGGUGGUUCAUACUCGAUCUACCAUGCCCUUGCUGUCGCUAUGGGUGACCUCCCAAUCAACCACAAGCCAGACUUCACCCAUACACAGCCUCCCGUUCCUAUCAUGCAGCAACCGCAGUGGAGUGAUCCUGAGAAAAUUGUGUCGAUGGAUCCCUUCGGUCACGCCGUAGCUUCUCUCUUCUCCUCCCAGCUGGAAGCAGGACUGGACAUCCGUCCCACGAUCGCAGUCACUAAAGCGCACAUGAAACUGAUGGAAUUAGAGGAUGCAGUCAAGAAAGGUAGAAUACAAGUAGACGGUAAGGUUGUUGUGAACCAGUCUGGUGAACUCGCUGUCACCAAAGUUGCGGUUGAGCCAGUAUGGUAUCUCCCUGGGGUCGCCAAGCGUUUCGGCAUCGAGGAGGGAACUCUGAGGAGGGCAUUGUUCGAGGACACUGGAGGUUCUUACCCCGAGUUGAUCACCCGCCCCGACCUCAAGGUCUUCCUCCCACCUAUCGGCGGGUUGACAGUCUAUAUCUUCGGUGACCCCGCCAAGGUCUCCAACCCAAACAACCGCCUCGCUCUCCGUAUCCACGAUGAGUGUAACGGAUCAGAUGUCUUCUCAUCUGAUAUCUGCACGUGUCGACCAUACCUGUUGUUCGGUAUUGAGGAGGCUGUUAAGGAGGCACAGAAUGGUGGAAGUGGUGUGGUGAUCUACUUCAGGAAGGAGGGAAGAGCAUUGGGUGAGGUUACCAAGUACUUGGUUUACAAUGUUAGGAAGAGGACGGGUGAUACUGCUGACAAGUACUUUGCUCGUACUGAAGGUAUUGCCGGUGUGAAGGACAUGAGGUUCCAGGCACUGAUGCCGGAUAUCUUGCAUUGGCUUGGUAUCCAGAAAGUCGAUAGGAUGCUGUCCAUGUCAAACAUGAAACACGAUGCGAUUGUCGACAGCGGCAUCCCUAUUUACGAACGCGUACCUAUUCCGGACGAUAUGAUUCCAGACGAUUCCCGCGUUGAGAUUGACGCCAAGAUUCACUCUGGAUACUUCACUUCUGGUGCAAUUCCCACGAUGGAGGACCUUGCUGGUGUGCAUGGGAGGACUUGGGAUGAUGUUGACCAUUAAACUUGACAUUUACCGCCUAACAAGCCAAGGGAGA